UGGGAGCAGUCGCUGGUUUGCUGUGAUAACAACGAAAGCCUCUCGGGCUGCUCACUACAGCCCAUCAUUUUGGCUUCUGGAGCAUUUGGGAGCUCAAAAAAAAGAGAAAGAAAACCACCUCUUUCCUCUCCUUCUCCCCCAUCCCUUCUCCUCUUUCUUCCACGGCUUCCUCUGACUGAGAAACCAUCCAGAAAUGGCUCAGAUAUUACCGAUACGAUUCCAGGAGCAUCUCCAGUUGCAGAACCUGGGUGUGAACCCAGCCAACAUUGGCUUCAGCUAUCUGACCAUGGAGUCCGACAAGUACAUCUGCAUCAGAGAGAAGGUGGGCGAGCAGAACCAGGUGGUGAUUGUGGACCUGUCGGACCCCAACAACCCAAUAAGGAGACCGAUCUCUGCUGACAGCGCCAUUAUGAACCCCACAAGCAAAGUUAUUGCGUUAAAAGCUGCCAAGACGCUGCAGAUCUUCAACAUUGAGAUGAAGAGUAAGAUGAAGGCUCACGCGAUGACAGAGGAGGUCAUGUUCUGGAAGUGGAUAUCUGUAAACACCGUUGCUUUAGUGACCGAUACAGCCGUCUACCACUGGAGCAUGGAGGGGGAUUCCCAACCGGCCAAAGUAUUCGAUCGGCACGCCAGUCUGGCAGGAUGUCAAGUCAUUAACUACCGAACUGACGAGCAACAGAAGUGGUUACUGCUGAUUGGGAUUUCUGCACAGCAAAACCGCGUAGUUGGAGCGAUGCAGCUGUAUUCAGUUGACAGGAAAGUGUCCCAGCCCAUCGAGGGCCACGCUGCUGCUUUCGGGGAGUUCAAAGUGGAGGGAAACGCCAAAUCUUCCACUCUGUUCUGCUUUGCCGUGCGCUCACAGGCUGGAGGAAAGUUGCACAUCAUCGAAGUUGGACAGCCAGCUGCAGGAAACCAGCCGUUUGCAAAGAAAGCAGUGGAUGUGUUCUUUCCUCCAGAGGCCCAGACAGACUUUCCUGUAGCUAUGCAGAUUGGCAACAAGCAUGGCGUGAUAUAUUUGAUCACAAAGUACGGUUACAUUCACCUGUACGACCUGGAGACUGGAAUUUGUAUAUACAUGAACCGAAUCAGUGCAGAGACCAUUUUCGUUACCGCCCCUCAUGAGGCAACCUCGGGGAUCAUCGGCGUUAACAAGAAGGGACAGGUCUUAUCAGUGUGUGUUGAAGAGGAGAAUAUUGUCAACUAUGCCACAAACGUCCUGCAGAACCCUGAUCUAGCCCUGAGGAUUGCUGUGCGGUCCAACCUCACCGGAGCUGAGGAGCUUUUUGGCAGGAAGUUCAACACCCUGUUUGCCCAGGGAAGUUACUCAGAGGCUGCGAAGGUUGCUGCUUCUGCACCCAAGGGUAUCCUGCGAACGGCAGAAACCAUCCGUAAGUUUCAGAGUGUCCCAGCCCAGCCGGGUCAAGCCUCCCCACUCUUGCAGUACUUUGGGAUUCUUUUGGACCAGGGCCAGCUCAACAAGUUUGAGUCUCUGGAGCUGUGCAGGCCUGUCCUGCAACAGGGCCGCAAGCAGCUGCUGGAGAAAUGGCUUAAGGAGGACAAACUGGAGUGCUCAGAGGAGCUGGGGGACUUGGUGAAAGCCACCGACCCAACACUCGCUCUGAGUGUUUAUCUCAGAGCUAAUGUCCCUAACAAAGUCAUUCAGUGCUUUGCAGAAACCGGGCAGUUCCAGAAGAUCGUGUUGUAUGCAAAAAAGGUGGGCUACACCCCAGACUGGGUGUUUCUGUUGAGGAAUGUGAUGCGGGUCAAUCCAGACCAGGGGCUCCAGUUUGCCCAGAUGUUAGUCCAGGAUGAGGAACCACUGGCCAACAUCAACCAGAUUGUGGAUGUUUUUAUGGAGGGCAGCCUGAUUCAGCAGUGCACCUCCUUCCUGUUGGAUGCUUUAAAGAACAACCGUCCAGCUGAAGGUCACCUACAGACACGCCUGCUUGAGAUGAACUUGAUACACGCACCCCAGGUAGCAGAUGCCAUUCUGGGGAACCAGAUGUUUACACACUAUGACCGAGCCCACGUCGCUCAGCUGUGUGAGAAAGCAGGACUGCUGCAGAGAGCCCUUGAACACUACACCGACCUGUACGAUAUCAAACGAGCUGUGGUGCACACGCAUCUGCUCAACCCUGAGUGGCUGGUAAACUUUUUUGGCUCCUUGUCAGUCGAGGACUCUUUGGAGUGUUUAAGGGCCAUGCUAUCAGCUAACAUCAGGCAGAACCUGCAGCUGUGUGUUCAGGUAGCAUCAAAGUACCACGAGCAGCUGGGAACUCAGGCGUUAGUAGAGCUCUUUGAGUCGUUUAAAAGUUAUGAAGGUUUAUUUUACUUCCUCGGGUCGAUUGUGAAUUUCAGCCAGGAGCCCGACGUUCACUUUAAAUACAUCCAGGCUGCUUGUAAAACUGGUCAGAUCAAAGAAGUGGAGAGAAUCUGCAGAGAAAGCAACUGCUACGACCCAGAGAGGGUUAAAAAUUUCCUCAAGGAGGCCAAGCUGACGGACCAGCUUCCUCUUAUCAUUGUCUGCGAUCGCUUUGACUUUGUGCACGACCUGGUGCUCUACCUUUACCGCAACAAUCUGCAGAAAUACAUAGAAAUCUACGUCCAGAAAGUGAACCCUAGUCGACUGCCUGUGGUGAUCGGUGGUUUGUUGGACGUGGAUUGUUCUGAGGAUGUCAUCAAGAACUUGAUCAUGGUGGUCAGAGGGCAGUUUUCUACUGAUGAGCUGGUGGAGGAGGUGGAGAAAAGGAACAGGUUAAAACUUUUGUUGCCAUGGCUGGAGUCGCGUGUCCAUGAAGGAUGUGAGGAGCCAGCUACACACAACGCCCUGGCGAAGAUCUACAUUGACAGCAACAACACACCGGAGCGCUUCCUGAAGGAGAACCCGUUCUAUGACAGCGCCGUGGUCGGCCGGUACUGUGAGAAGAGGGACCCCCACCUGGCCUGUGUGGCUUAUGAGAGAGGACAGUGUGACCUGGAGCUCAUCAAAGUGUGCAACGAGAACUCGUUAUUUAAGAGUGAAGCUCGAUAUCUGGUGCGAAGAAAAGAUCCCGAGCUUUGGGCAAAAGUUUUAGAAGACGACAAUCCUUACAAAAGACAGCUCAUCGACCAGGUGGUGCAGACAGCUCUGUCAGAGACCCAGGACCCAGAGGAGGUGUCGGUCACAGUCAAGGCCUUCAUGACUGCAGAUCUGCCCAAUGAGCUGAUUGAGCUGCUGGAGAAGAUCGUACUUGAUAACUCAGUCUUCAGCGAACAUCGAAACCUCCAGAAUCUGCUCAUUUUGACGGCGAUCAAAGCCGACCGCACCCGCGUGAUGGAGUACAUAAACAGGCUGGAUAACUACGACGCUCCGGAUAUCGCAAACAUCGCUAUCAGCAACGAGCUCUUUGAAGAGGCGUUCGCCAUCUUUAAGAAGUUUGAUGUCAACACCUCGGCCAUACAGGUGUUGAUCGAGCACAUUGGGAAUCUGGAUCGUGCCUAUGAGUUUGCUGAGCGCUGUAACGAGCCCGCAGUGUGGAGUCAGCUAGCCAGAGCUCAGCUUCACAGAGACCUGGUCAAGGAGGCCAUAGACUCCUACAUUAAAGCUGUGGAUCCAUCAGCGUACAUGGAGGUGGUCAACGCAGCCAGCAAAAACCAGAACUGGGAGGAUUUGGUAAAGUUUCUGCAGAUGGCUCGCAAGAAAGCCAGAGAAUCGUACGUGGAGACGGAGCUGAUUUUUGCUUUGGCUAAAACAAACCGACUGGCUGAGCUGGAAGAAUUUGUCAGUGGGCCGAACAAUGCUCACAUACAGCAGGUGGGCGAUAGAUGCUAUGAGGAGGGCAUGUACGAAGCAGCCAAACUCUUGUACAACAAUGUGUCCAACUUUGCGCGACUUGCGUCAACACUAGUGCAUCUUGGAGAGUACCAGGCAGCUGUGGACAGCGCCAGGAAAGCCAACAGCACGCGGACGUGGAAGGAGGUGUGCUUUGCAUGCGUGGACGGUGAGGAGUUUCGGCUGGCGCAGAUCUGCGGUCUUCACAUUGUGAUUCACGCUGACGAGCUGGAGGACCUGAUCAGCUACUAUCAGGACCGCGGGUAUUUCGAGGAGCUCAUUGCUCUGCUGGAGGCCGCUCUGGGCCUUGAGCGCGCCCACAUGGGCAUGUUCACCGAGCUCGCCAUCCUCUACUCCAAGUUCAAACCUCAGAAGAUGAAGGAGCACCUGGAGCUCUUCUGGUCCAGAGUCAACAUCCCGAAGGUCCUUCGUGCAGCAGAGCAGUCUCAUUUAUGGGCCGAGCUGGUGUUUCUGUACGAUAAAUAUGAGGAGUUUGACAAUGCAGUUAUCACUAUGAUGAACCAUCCCACAGAUGCUUGGAAAGAAGGGAUGUUCAAAGAUAUAAUUGCAAAGGUUGCAAAUGUGGAGUUGUACUAUAAAUCUCUUUCUUUCUACCUGGAAUUCAAACCUCUGCUUCUUAAUGACCUGCUGACCAUUUUGUCCCCUCGGUUGGACCACAGCAGAGCUGUCAACUUUUUCUCAAAGAUGAAUCAGCUGAAGCUGCUUAAGCCAUACCUGAGAUCAGUUCAGAACCACAACAAUAAGUCCGUCAAUGAAGCUCUCAACAACCUGCUAACAGAAGAGGAAGACUACCAGGGACUGAGAGCGUCCAUCGAUGCCUAUGACAACUUUGACACAAUCGGCCUGGCUCAGAGGUUAGAAAAGCACGAACUGAUUGAAUUCAGGCGUAUCGCUGCUUAUCUGUACAAAAGAAACAACCGCUGGAGACAGAGCGUGGAGCUCUGCAAGACGGACAAACUCUACAAGGAUGCCAUGCUGUUCGCUGCAGAGUCCAAGGAUGCUGAGCUGGCAGAGACUCUGCUCCAGUGGUUCCUAGAGGAGGGCAGAAAGGAAUGUUUCGCUGCCUGCCUGUUCGCCUCCUAUGACCUCCUGCACCCUGAUGUGGUGCUCGAGCUGGCCUGGAGGCACAACAUCAUGGACUUUGCCAUGCCUUACUUCAUCCAAGUCAUGAGAGAGUACCUGACAAAGGUGGACAAACUGGAGGAGGCAGAAAGCAACAGGAAAACUGAAGAUGAAGUAACAGAGCCUCAGGCGAUUGUGUUUGGCCAACAGCUGAUGCUGACCGCCGCCGCCGCUCCUGUUACUCCCGUUGCUCCUGCGACUCCUCAGUCGGCGUACCCAGGUUACGGCUACCCCGCCCCCGCAGCUGGUUACCCUCCACAGCCCGCAUAUGGCUUCAACAUGUAGAGUCCUAACUCCUUGUCCUCCACCUUUGGUCACUCCCGUCCCCCCUCCAGUGCUGCUCUGGGUCUCGGUCGAUGGCGUGGAGACCUUCACCUACUCACCAAGACUCCACCCAUUCGCACUGAAACUACAGUGGAAAGCCUCAUCUUGAGUUUUGCUGCGCCGCUGAGACGUUUGCAUCAGAAACACUAGAGACCAUGUUGGCUUUGAGGCGUUUUGAUCACCCCCACCCCACCACCCCACCCCGAACUUUACAGCGCCACACAUCUAAACGGCAUGAAGUCACCUCUCAGCUGCUGGAAGAUUGGCCGCAUCUUUAGUGACAACCACUCCGUCUUUUUGCUGUUCCGUGUUGACUUUAUCACCCAGCUUGUUUUGUGUCGAUUUCUUUUAGCACUGAUGAAGAAGAGAUUUAAAUGAGGAGCGAAGGGGAUGUGGGGCUUGUCGCUCUCCCACCCCUCUGAAGCACUAGCUGCCUUACAAGGUGGCAGCUUCACGUUUAAACUCACAACUGUCUCAUGCUCUGAUUAGAACAGCAGUUUCUGUGCAAUAGUUUUUUUUUUUUCCUUUCACAAACCGGACUAAAGACAUUUGUUGGUCAGGGAUAUUCUGAGUAUGUCAGUCCAGGAGAAUGUCAGUGAAACUUUCACACCUUGCAGCUGCAGACCUACCGGUAUUUAAAGUGAUCUUGUCAGUUGACAUUUUAGUAUCCGGACAUCUGGAGUUUCACGAUGGAUUUGAUUAAAAAGAUUAAAAGGAAAGAAAGCAGAUGUAUAAGAACAGUUUGUGCAUGUGUCGCCAAAUAUUACUGCAACCAGUAGCACAAAUGUCACGUUCCACUCAAGUAUUACUGAUGUGUCAAAAAAUAAGUGUAUUAUGAAACUUUUCCACCAAACUAACACUGAAGAAAAAAAAAAAAGUGGUUAAGCUUCAAGUCUCAAGGAGUUACAUAUUACUGUACUUACAAUGGUGUAUAAUUUAAAUAUGAUGAAAUACCUAACAAAUUAAAACAGCAAAAUAGUAUGAAACACAUGUAUCGUCUAUGAAGUGUUGUAGUCUUUAAGUAUGACUAUUUGUAAUAAAAGAACAAAAGUGAAAAAAUAUUUAGCUGAAUAAAUGGCAAAGUCUGCGAA